AUGGCGCAAGCAGGCAAAGAGAAUAUCGCCGACGGCCUAAUCGCGAAUGGCUCGUUCAAGGCGUCGACGCAGCCUCUGAAGAAAGCAGCAUUAUCACCAAAGAAAAAGACGCGUAGUAAGAGUAUCGGCCCUGGAGGUCUGGGGGAAUUGGAGGCGCCUCCGCUGAAGGAGAGUUUUGGAAACCGCAGAAAGUCUGCGUUUAUCCCCGCCGUCAAGUCCAUUCUAGCCUCAAACGAUGAAGAUGAGAAGAAGCGGCGCGAAGCGCGCCGCAAGUCGCUGGCAAGGCGACGCGUGUCUUUCGCCCCGGAAGCCACUCUACACACAUGGGACGUAGUCGAGUACAUGCGCGAUGCGACUACCUCGUCCGCCUCAUCGGAGGCCACACGCAGAGCCUCGAACGUCUCACAAGCAUCCACACCGGCAUCGCUUGCCCCUCCAUCGGACCCCGCCGAGCCACCGUCUACACCACCAGAACAAGCCGAAGAGCCUCAACCAGAGCCCAGUUCGUCGCCUGAAAGCCAGCGCGCGCAACACCAAAAGAAGAACCGCCGGAGCUCAGGCAUACCGCCGAUGAACUUCAAUAACCCCGACGACGUCUACUCCUCAAGCCCGCUAAGCGGGGACAAUGCUUCGCCUGGUGGAAACGAUGUCGGAAGCAGCGACUCUGAGGAUAUGGAUAUCGAUGAUGCCACAGAAAGUCUUGGAGCUUCACCUGAUGUUGAGGACUCAUCGCAGAGCAGCGCUCGACUGGACGCUGCGCUACGCGAGGCUGCAAACUUGGCAGGCACUCAGAAGCUGGAUUUCGACGACGAUGACGGAGACAUGAGCAUGGAGAUCGCCCAAGACGAAGUCACUGCAUCUUUCAAGCCCUGGGCAAAGAAGAGCUUCGUCGCACAAUAUGACAAGGAGAAUGCAAGCCCUCUUUUCUCCCCAGCACGCACCGUAGCCGGCGAGGACGACGACAUGAGUAUGGACAUCACGCGCGCAGUAGGCCGCAUCGUACCCCCACCACCACAACAAAAGCAGCCGGAGCAACAGCAACAACAACGCUCAGACGCAGCGAGCUCAGAUGUCGACGACGACGACAUGACCAUGGACCUUACCAUGCCACUUGGAAGCAUACAGGCGAUGGCGGCAUCUUACAAACCAGCAAACAGGAGGAAGAGUCUUAAGAGGAGGGUCUCAUUGCUCGAUGAAAACCAAGGUAGCCCUGCAAAGCGCACUGCAAGCCGGCGUACCAGUUUGCGACAGCGUCGACAAUCCGAAGAGCACGGCGAAGAAGAUGCGACCAUGGACCUCACAAUGGCAAUUGGAGCGAUUAAGAAAGCGCCACAGCCGGAGCCAGCUAGACGUGCCAGUGUUGGAAGCGACGUUGAUGAUGCGACGAUGGACUUCACACUGGCUGUGGGCAGCAUUAAGAAUGGUAAGCAACAAGCACAGGAAGACCAGGAGAAUGAGGUCGAAGAUGAAGACCUUUCCAUGGAGUUCACAAAAAUCGUUGGACCUGGUAUUAGGCGUGCUGGCAGCUCAACAACGACACCACAAACACCCGUAGACGACACACCCGCUUCAGUAACCAAGACACCGACACCGCGGAAGUCUCCAAAGAAGUCGCCUGGACGAAGGAGCUCCAUUCUGAGGGCCGAGGCCGAAUCAGCGUCUCAGGUCCUGCAAGACAUCACUCCAAGUACGACAGGGGAUGUGGCCUAUCCCACCCUUGACCCUGGUACACCAGAGAUUGUCAGGCAGAAGGAUAUUGAGGAGGUCGAGCCUUCGCCUUUUGUGCGCCGGACUCCGCUGAGUGCGACCAAAGAGAAGGAAGCUGUUGCGACUCCUUCAAACCCUACGCCGCAGAGGACACCCAUGAUGAUUCCCGAGGACCCGAUUGCAGCUACAAUACUUGACCGACGACGUUCGUCACUGUCUGCAGUACAGUUCAGUCCUCUGAAUGCACCACGUCAGGAGCCUACACUCAAGAGCACCGCGCUUUUGAGCAACAGCAUCAAGCUGUUAUCUACCCCACGAAAACAGACAUUAAUGUCACCAGUGAAGAAGGGGAUGACGCCGAAGAAGUCACAGACUCCUCAAAAGCAGCCAACUCCGAAGCAGCCAACUCCGACACCCAAGAAAGCGACUCUCAGGCAAAGCAUGAGCCCAAUGAAGCGAGUCGCUUUUGGUGAAGAGCCAGAGCAGGAGAAUAACGACGAGGGUGGUGUGGCAGAAGAUAUGUCGGAUGUUGAGCGAAUCUCGUUGCAAGACUUCCUCGACAUGACCAAGAUUCGCUUCAUGGAUCUUAGUACGACCAAGCGACGCCAUACUGCUGCUCCUUCCGCUUUCCAUGAUGUGGAAGUAGAGGAGAAGGAGGAAUCUCUAGAUCGCUACGUUGUGGCUGGAGCGUGCACCUUGCCUGAGUACGAGCUGUACCAGCAUGCAUGCCACGAGAUGAAGAAGUACAUCUCAGACGGUCGCCACUUUGUCCGUACUAUGGAGGCCAACGUACUAGAAGAGAACCCAUUGCUCUUCAGCGAGUACCUCACUGCACCCCCGGACCAGCGCGCUGUCAUGGACAACCAGUUCAAGAACCUCAAGACCAACGCGCGCCUCGAGGCUCGUGGAGAGUGGUAUACAUGGCGAAGCACGCUGCUGCACGAUCUCAAAGCUGGUCUCCUCCACACCAUGGACGGUUUCAACCAUGACGAAUCCACACUGAUCAAACAGGAGCGCCUUCUUGACGAGACAUUGCCUCCUCUAGUUGAGAAGAAGGAACGUCUGUCCACUGAGUGUAAGCAACUACAGCAGCGUCAUGAUGAACUCAACAGCUGUGACCGGGAAGAGCUUGAGCAGACGAGAGAGAAGCUUACUGCUACCGAUGCCGAGUUGGAAGAGAAGAAGUUGCUUCUUGCCCAGCUGCAACAAGAGCUUGUCGACAAGGAGACACGCAUCGAGGCAGCUAAAGACCGCAAAGUCGAAUGCAUCCAAGAGAUCAAAGCAGCGGAACGUGUACGAGAAGAGUGCCGCGGCUGGUCUACAAGCGAAGUCAGCAGUCUGAGAGCCAAACUCACUGCCCUUGAACAAGCCCACGGAUGGAGCAUAACGUCCGCUUCCUCGAACAGCAUCACAAUGACACACAUGAACGACCUCGAACUUUACUUCGUACCUUCUGCCUUCGCCACCGGCUCCAACACACCCAACGGAUCCAUCUCGCUUGCCUACAUCGGUGAUUCAGCAACACCACAUCCUCGUGCGUUGACAACAAGCAAGCGCUUCUUCCUCCAGCUCAUCCGCGCACAUCUUCAUGGUAUCCCGCAGGCGCAGACCCGAAUUUCCUCGCUUCUUUCCCUUGUCAAGAAUGGCUGGGCCACCGCUGUUGCAGUUGCAGAGGGUGUUCGCUGGCUUGAGCAUAGCUAUAUCACCGAAGAGUUCAUCCUCUCGGACGAGCGCAUGGCAAUCUCCGCGAACAUGCUGUUGCCAACCCUUCAAACAAAGGUCAAGGCUACAUUUGAAGUCGGCGUUAGUCUAGGCAAGGAGGGCAUCGAGACCGACGUCAAUAUGAGAGCGGAGGUUGUCUACGGUGAGAAAUACGGCGAGGAGAAGAUGGGCGCGUUCUUGCGCGACUUCUGUGGGAACGAGAUCAAAGAAGAAAGGGAAAUGUCUGUCUGGGCGGACGGUAUGAUGGAUCUUGCUGCACGGUUGAAGAAGACCGGAAGGAAGGGCGAGAGGAAGUAG